UACCACCUCCGACUUCUUCGGUUUGUUUUUCGUAUUGAACACACAAACAAGAAACCUCAAAAUAGAUCUCUCUCUCUCUAUCGACUUAGGGUUUCAUCAAGAUCCUUGAGUUGAUGUAUUGAAGAGAAGCCGUUGAGGUAAGAGAUGAGCUCUACGCAGGCUAACCUAUUCAGACCAUCCUUGUUCUGUGCAAGGACAACACAAACGAGACAUGUCUCUGUUGCACCUUUUAAGUCGUCAUUACGCUUUGAUCAGCGACCACUCCCCAAAUUGACUAUUCGGGCAUCUGCAUCAUCAUCAUCUGUGUCUACUCGCUUUUCGCCUCUACAGAAUCAUCGAUGUCGGAAUCAGAGGCAAGGUCCUGUUUUGUGCUUACUUGGUGGGAAGGAUAACUCUAACCGUAGUAAUGAGAUAUCAUCACCAUGGAAAGCUAUUGAGAAAGCAAUGGGGAAGAAAUCGGUUGAAGAUAUGUUGCGUGAGCAGAUACAAAAGAAAGACACUGGCGGCAUUCCUCCACGAGGAGGAGGAGGGGGCGGUAGAAAUGGUGGGAAUAAUAAUGGGUCUGAAGGCUCAUCAGGAGAAGAUGGUGGUCUUGCUGGUAUCGCGGAUGAAACUUUGCAAGUGGUGUUGGCAACCUUAGGCUUCAUCUUUCUGUACAUCUACAUCAUCAACGGGGAGGAGUUGUUCCGUCUUGCAAGAGAUUACGUUAGGUACCUAAUUGGACGACCCAAGAGUGUUAGGCUGACCAGAGUUAUGGAAAGUUGGAGUAGAUUCUUCGAGCGUAUGUCGAGAAAAAGAGUGUACGAUGACUACUGGAUAAAGAUCAAGCGAUCAUCAACACGUCUACCUGGUAUGAUAUCCUCGGCAAAUACUGACGCGUCUUGAGGUCUUAUGUACUUCAUUCAAAUGAAGAUGAUGAUUAGUUUUUUUUUCUGGCUGAUUUAAGCAGUUUCCCUUAGACCCUGAACCGUGUUUUGAUCUUUGUUUUACACUUUUAGUUAACUUUCGCCAUUGUCACGGUAGUAAAUAUUGAUGUGUUUCAUAAGUAUUGAAAAUCUCAA